AUGUUAUCUUCGAGAUCGAGGUUUAUUUUUAACAAGAAAAUUGUGAGAUCUCUUGCAACGUCUGCUGCUGGAGUUAAAACUGCUAGAGUUAAAGCUGCUGGUACAACUCCUCAAUUGACGGACGUUUUGAUCGUUGGUGGUGGACCAGCUGGAUUAACACUGGCAGCUGCCAUCCAGAGUUCUCAUGAAUUGAGGAAAUUCAAAACUGUUCUAGUAGAGGCUGGUGAUACUAUUAGUAAAGUGAAACCAUUUUAUAACUCCCCACCUGAUUAUUACACGAAUAGAGUCGUUUCAUUAACACCCCCUUCAAUUGAUUUCCUAACAAAAAAAAUCAAUGUGAAAUUAAUGGAAAAUAGAAUGAUGCCUUAUGAUGGCAUGUAUGUCACUGAUGGUAUUAGCAAUGCGACAAUUGAUAUGGAGAAGGACUCAUUGGCAUACAUGAUCGAGAUCUUAAAUGUGCAGUCCUCUUUAUUGGCAAGAAUCGAUGAGUUGAAUUGUAAAGAUCGUCUACAAAUUAUUGAUAAGACCAAAGUUGAAAGCAUUGUUUAUUCAGACCCAAAUGACACUAAAUCUUGGCCUAUAGUAACUUUAAGCAAUGGCCAACGUUUUCAAACAAGAUUGUUAGUAGGUGCUGAUGGGUUCAACUCUCCAGUUAGAACAUUUUCAGGAAUCCAAUCUCGUGGUUGGUUUUACAAUAAAUUUGGCGUUGUUUCCACUAUGAAGCUUGAAUAUACUCCAUUUAAAAUUAGAGGAUGGCAAAGAUUUUUACCAACCGGUCCAAUUGCACAUUUACCAUUGCCAGAUGAUAAUGCUACUUUAGUUUGGUCUACAACUGAUGAACUAUCCGAACUAUUGUUAUCAAUAAAGGAAGAAGAAUUUACUGCUUUAAUUAAUGCUGCGUUUGUGUUAGAUAAUGCUGAUAUGAAAUACUAUUAUAAACAUUUACAAAAUAAAAGCAUGACUUCUAAACAACUUAUCGACGAUGUCACUUACAGAAUUGAUGAAGAGUUUGCCAAAUUACCUAAUGAAUCUGAUAUUGAUGAAAAAUAUCCUACAAAAGUGAAAAUGAUCUUAGGUCCUUCAAGAGCACGUUUCCCAUUAAAAAUGUUCCAUGCUGAUAAGUAUUGUACAGAUAGAAUCGUUUUAUUAGGUGAUGCUGCUCAUGCAACCCACCCAUUAGCUGGCCAAGGGUUGAACAUGGGCCAAGGUGACACAGAGGCCUUGGUGGAUGCCUUGGAGAAAGCAUCCAAAAGAGGAUUGGAUAUAGGUUCUGAAUUGGCUUUGGAUCCGUUUUGGGCCGAACGUUACCCAACAAAUACUCUAUUGCUCGGAGUUGCAGACAAAUGUCAUAAAAUAUAUUCCACCGAUUUCCCACCUGUCGUCAAGUUAAGAUCAUUAGGUGCAGAUGUAAUUAAUAAUUUUUCUCCACUGAAGAAUUUAAUCACUGACACACUUGGAUCAUCUGCCAAAUAA